AUGUUUUGGGCACUGCUAGUUCUCCUCAGCACCAUCUUGCAUAGCUCAGAUCAGAACCAUUUGGAUCUUUCAGGCACAUUAUCAGCUGCAAACAAGGGAUUUUGUUCCACCUGGGGCAAUGGGCAUAUCUCAACUUUUGAUAAACACCUGUAUGAGUUCUCUGGGACUUGCAAUUACAUCUUUGCCAGUGAGUGUGACACUGUUUCCCCUGACUUCAACAUCCAGUUCCGCCGUGGUCAGAAAAAAAAAAUCACAAGAAUCAUCAUUGAGAUGAGAACUGUUGUCAUCAUAGUUGAAAAUAGUAUUAUAUCAAUGAAAGAUGUUGGUCUAAUCAGCCUGCCAUAUUCCAAAAAUGGAAUUCAGAUUGCACCUUUUGGAUACAACAUCCGUCUGUCGGCCAAGCUACAAGAGAUUGAAUUUGAAGUUUUUUGGAACAAUUAUGACUACCUCAUGGUUUCAAUUGAGGAAAAGUACAUGGGGAAAACAUGUGGACUGUGUGGGAACUAUGAUGGACAAGAACUAAAUGAAUUUCUGAGUGAAGGCCAACUACUGGAUCCAUACAAAUAUGCUGCCUUACAAAAAAUGGAUGAUCCUACUGAGAUCUGCCCAUUUGAGCAGAUGACAGUUUCUAACGUUCCUCGCAAGAAAUAUGCCAGAAUCUGCACCCAGCUUCUAAACAAUGUAUCUUCAUCAUGCAAUAUCUCAAGGAAAGGAUUUGUCAUCCGUUGCCAACUCGAUUUGCAACACUGCAGAAAUCCAGGACAGAUAAAUUGUACUUGUGCUACCCUUUCAGAAUACUCCAGGCAGUGUGCCAUGUCCCAUCAGCAAGUGUCUGAUUGGAGGAGCAGUAACUUUUGCCCUUUAAAAACAUGUCCAGCUAACCAAAUCUACAAAGAAUGUGGUUCACCCUGUCUUAAAACGUGUUCAAACCCAGAAUACAGCUGUGCUAGCUACUGUACAUACGGCUGUUUCUGUCCAGAAGGUACAGUUCUGGAUGACAUUUCAAGAAAUCGAACAUGUGUUCCUAUUGAGCAGUGCCCAUGUACAUUGAAUGGUGAAAAAUAUUAUCCUGGUGAUGUCAUGAAAGCAACAUGUAGAACCUGUAAAUGUAAAAUGGGCCAGUGGAGUUGCAGAGAACUACCAUGUCCAGGCAUAUGUUCCUUGGAAGGAGGUUCAUUUGUCACCACUUUUGACUCUAGGCCGUACCGUUUCCAUGGAGUUUGCACCUACAUUCUUAUGAAGAGUCCAAUGUUGCCACACAAUGGAACCUUGAUGGCUAUAUUUAAAAAAUCUGGGUAUUCCAGUUCUGAGACAUCACCGACUGCUAUCAUUUAUGUCUCUUCACAAGACAAAAUUGUGAUUUCCCAAAAUCAAGUUUUAGCUAAUGAGGAUGAACUUAAGUGGUUGCCUUAUAAAUCAGGGGAUAUCACUAUCUUCAAACAGUCAUCUACUCACAUUCACAUGUACACAGAAUCUGGUCUGGAGCUGAUUGUUCAAAUUCUGCCGGUGUUAGAAGCUUAUAUUAAAGUUGGACUUCAUUUCAAAGGCAAAACCCAAGGAUUGUGUGGUAACUACAAUGGAGAAACUUCAGAUGACUUCUUAACCAGCAUGGACAUUGUAGAAGGAACAGCACCUCUGUUUGUGGAUUCUUGGAGAGCAGGGAAUUGCCACCCUGCCUUAGAAAGAGAUACAGAUCCUUGUUCUAUGAGUCAAUUGAACAAAAUGUGUGCAGAGACCCACUGCUCCAUUCUUAUAAAGAAAGGAUCAUUGUUUGAGAAAUGUCAUCCGGUGGUGAAUCCUGCUCCAUUUUAUAAGAGAUGUGUAUACCAAGCCUGUAACUAUGAGGAGACUUUUCCUUAUAUUUGUUCUGCUUUGGGAUCAUAUGCACGUGUGUGUGCUUCCAUGGGACUGAUUCUUGGGAACUGGCGGAGCAGCAUAGACAACUGCACUAUCUCUUGUACUGGAAAUCAGACAUUCAGCUACAACACUCAGUCCUGUGAUCGGACAUGCUUGUCUCUCUCCAACCGAGAUUUAGAAUGCCACUUCGCUGAUAUCCCUAUAGAUGGUUGCAAUUGUCCAAAAGGGACCUACCUGAACCACAGAAAUGAAUGUGUUCGUAAAUCCCAGUGCCCUUGCUACUUGGAAGAUAGACAGAUCAUUCAAGCUGAUCAGUCUGCCAUAAUUGGCGGAAUUACCUGCUACUGUAUCAAUGGGAAUCUGAGCUGUAGUGGCAAAGCUAUAGAUCCUGCAGAAAGCUGCAGACCUCCAAAAAUAUAUGUAUCAUGCUUAGCCACCUCAGGAAACAAAUAUGGAGCUGCUUGUGCACCAACCUGUCAGAUGCUGGCCACUGGAACAGAAUGUGUUCCAAGCAGAUGUGAAUCAGGCUGUGUUUGUGCUGAUGGGCUGUAUGAAAAGCUAGACGGUACAUGUGUGCCAGCUGAUGAGUGCCCUUGUGAAUAUGGUGGUAUUUCUUAUGCAAAGGGGGAGGAAAUUCACACUGAAUGCAAAACCUGCACCUGCACAAGAGGAAAAUGGAAUUGCUCCCAGAAAUCUAGAUGCUCCUCAACAUGCAGCCUCUAUGGGGAAGGUCAUAUCACCACUUUUGAUGGACAGCGCUUUGUAUUUGAUGGCAACUGCGAAUACAUACUAGCUAUGGAUGGUUGUGCCGUGAGCGGUUCUAACCAUACUUUUAAAAUGGUGACUGAGAAUGUCAUUUGUGGGAAUACAGGGGUCACAUGUUCCAGAUCUAUCAAGAUCCACAUAGGGGACAUGACAAUGACUUUGGCAGAUAAAACGUACACUGUUUCUGGCCUGAAUCCAUCAAUAAAGUACUUUGUAAGAGAGAACAGCCUCUACUUCAUUAUUGACAUCAUAAUACCUGGCAAAUAUAAUAUGGUCCUUAUCUGGAACAGGCAUAUGAACAUAUUUAUCAAAAUCUUCAGAGAAGCACAGGAUCUCCUCUGUGGUUUAUGUGGCAAUUACAAUGGGAAUAUAAGAGAUGAUUUUGAAACCAGAAGUAAAUAUGUGGCCUCAAAUGAAUUGGAGUUUGUGAAUUCCUGGAAAGAGAAUCCUGUUUGUGGGGAUGUAUUCUUUGUGGUUGAUCCAUGUAGCAGGAAUCCCUAUCGCAAAGCCUGGGCAGAGAAGAAGUGCUCUAUCAUCAACAGUAAAGUAUUUGCUGCCUGCCACAGCAAGGUAUAUCGCAUGCCUUAUUAUGAAAAUUGUGUCCGGGAUUCAUGUGGAUGUGACACUGGAGGAGAUUGUGAAUGCAUGUGUGAUGCCAUUGCAGUAUAUGCAAAAGCUUGCCUUGAGGCUGGUGUCUGCGUUGAUUGGAGAGCCCCAGAGUUCUGUCCUGUCUACUGCGAUUAUUUCAACACCCACAAGAAAAUCGGCAUGCAGGGCACCUAUUAUAAUUAUAUUCAUCAGUUGAAUUGCACCUGGCAUUACCGUCCCUGUAAUUGUCCAUUACAGUUACAAAGCUACAAAUAUGUCAACAUUGAAGGCUGUUACAACUGUUCAUCUGAUGAAUACUAUGAUCAUGAAACACAGUCCUGCAUGCCUUGUAGUAGUAAGCCUAGAAACCUACUUUCCUUUCUCUUGCUUGUAGAAGUGACAAUAUUAAGAAAGAGCUUUUACUUUGUAUUCAAGUUAUAUCUGGAGGACUUUUUUUGGCUCCUAAAAGCUCUCAUUGAAGGGUAA